AUGACCAAGUUGAUGAGAAGGCUUGCUGGAGCCGAUAGGUGCGGUGAUGCCAUAAAGACUUUCAAAAGCAUUGAGAGCUUUGGUGUUAGGAAAGAUACCAUUUCAAUUAAUGCACUAUUAGAUACCUUGUGUAAGGAGAAGAGUGUUAAGCAUGCAAGAGAUGCAUUUUUGGAAUUGAGGGAUGAAGUACAACCUAAUGCUAGUAGUUUUAAUAUUUUGAUUCAUGGAUGGAGUAAAGCACGAAAAAUAGAAGAGGAUAUAAGAAUAAUUGAGGAAAUGAGAGAAUUUGGUUAUACCCCUUGUGUGAUUACAUUCACUUCUCUGGUUGAAGGCUAUUGCUUGGAAAAGAACUUUAGAAUGGCCAGUGCAAUUCUUAAUGAGAUGCGUGGGCAUGGGUGUCAACCCAAUGUUGUCACAUAUACUAUAAUAAUGCAUUCUUUGGCUAAGGCCAAAGAAAUUCAAGAAGCCUUGUUGGUAUUUGAGAUGAUGAAGGAUGCUGGUUGUGCUCCAGAUACCUCAUUCUAUAAUUCUUUGAUUUUUUUAAUGGGGAAGUCAGGAAAAUUGCGAGAUGCGCAUCACAUAUUUGAGUAA